GAGGUAACUGGUAAGAUAGCGAAGUACUAGGGUUUAGCGCAUCAACUGAGAGAGAGAGAGAGAGAGAGAGAGAGAGAGAGAGAGAGUUUCGAAAUGGGAAGAGAAGCAGCAGCAGCAGCAGAGAAAGGACAGGGAGGAACUGCUUACACUGUCGAACAGCUCGUUGCAUUCAAUCGUUACAAUCCUGAUAUUCUUCCAGAUCUCGAAAACUAUGUCAAUGAUCAGGUUUCAUCGCAAACUUACAGCCUCGAAUCAAAUCUCUGCCUUCUUCGCCUCUACCAGUUUGAAUCUGAGAAAAUGAGUUCUCAGAUUGUAGCUCGCAUAUUGGUUAAGGCUCUCAUGGCCAUGCCGGCUCCAGAUUUCAGCCUGUGUCUCUUUUUGAUUCCAGAACGUGUGCAAAUGGAGGAGCAGUUCAAGACACUGAUUGUUCUGUCUCACUAUUUAGAGACUGGAAGGUUUCGUCAGUUCUGGGAUGAAGCAUCGAAAAGUCGUCAUAUAGUUGAAGCUGUGCCAGGAUUUGAGCAGGCAAUCCAAGGCUAUGCGAUUCAUGUUCUAUCCUUGACUUACCAAAAGAUUCCCAGAACUGUGCUUGCUGAGGCUAUCAAUGUAGAAGGUUUAUCCUUGGACAAAUUCCUUGAACACCAAGUAGAAAACUCUGGUUGGGUUAUUGAGAAAAGCCAGGGGAAGGGUCAACUCAUCGUCCUUCCGAGAAAUGAAUUUAAUGAUCCAAUUUUGAAGAAAAACACUGCAGAUAGUGUACCAUUGGAGCACGUUACCCGCAUCUUUCCUAUUCUUAGCUGAUUUAAUAUGGGGGACUGUAUUUUCUUUCCAGAAAAUGUGCGAAUUUGUGAUUAGUUGAAGCGAUAUUUUGCUGACUCCCAUCCCAUUGGAUGCUUCAGUUUGAGAAUUCGUGAACAGCUAUUGUAGUUUACUCUUGACUUUUUGCAUUAAUGUUUGGAAUUUAAUUUGCUUUACCUA